AUGGAUGCGGCAUCCUCGAAGGGAUCAAGGGUUGUCCCUGUCCCCAAGACUGUCACAAGGGCCGAAAUGGCAUUGUCAGAGAAAGGGGUGUUGGCUUCCACCGCGGCUGGCAUCGUUUUGGAAGAUGAAGUGCCGGCGUCACGUGCAGUCCAUGGAUUCGAAGAGACUCUUCCUGAAACGAAGAAUUCAGCUGUGAACGGCCCUAGCAGUCAAAACACCAAGGACCGUUUCCACAGUAAGAAGGAGGCCAAUGAAGCUGCUGUUAUCAAAAAACCUGCUUCCAGUCAACACCAAGAAUCCAUCCCGGCCCCUCCUGAAUUGCAAAGUUCUACAGCCUUGAGCAUAGAAUCUCAACCCGGUGCCUUUCGAGUUGAUGGUCAUUUGGGAGAGAGAAGCGAGUUUUGUCAAGAGGAGAGCGGCUCUGAUGAAUCGGAAAGCAAUGAAGUACUUGAAAUGAACACUGUUGAAGAAUGUGGUGCGGCCAACGAUUGCCCCCUCUCCAUUGAGGCAAGUGUGGUUGAUGACGAAUAUUAUGAGGAUGCCAUGGUUGAUCAUCAACAUCAAGUCCUGGAAGAGGCAACCAACGUCAAACCAUUUCCUCCGACAGCACCCAGGAGAACGUCUAGACUACCUUUUGUUGCUGUUCUUUUGCUGGUAUUGGUGGCCGCUUUGCUAGCAAUUGUGCUGAUACCAACCCUUUCACAAGAUGAUAGCAAAGAGACUGAUGAGAUACCUAGUCAAGAAGGACAACCUGCAGAGAUUCCGUUGGAUGAGGAAAUCACUGCCACAUACCCACCCUUUGAUAACAGCAGCACUCUUCAUCACAUUACACUCACUGACAUCCUCGAAAAGCCUGACAGCCCAAGGUCAAAAGCUAACACAUGGAUGUGGAAUGACCCACUCCUCGAGUCAUAUCCAAGUUGGCGUCAACACCAAAGGUUUGCCAUGGCUGUGAUUUACUUCUCCACAGAAGGUGACCACUGGCUUCAGAACGAUGAUUGGUUGUCCUAUGAGGUGCCAGAGUGUGAGUGGUUCUCACAAAGCCAAACUCCCUGUGAUGAACAAGGAAGGCUCAUUAUUCAAGACUACAAAUACAACAAUGUGGGGGGAACUCUGCCCUUGGAAUGCCAACUUCAAUGGACAAAGAUUGUUGACUACUCUCACAACAACAUAUAUGGUCUACCCCAGCUGACUGACACCAAUCGCUUUGAAGAAUUCAUUGUCUCCAACAACAGAAUCGAACCAUAUACUGUUGUGGCUGACUCUGGGCUCGAUGGAGAUUACAGAAAAGUUGUCAAGAUUGAUUCCAACAACAUUGAAUUCAAAAACAUGGGGCUAUUGCGCCCAUUUCCAAAUUUGGAAGUGUUGAACCUCACCAAGAAUGUGAUUGCCAGCACACUGCCAACAGAAGUACAGCUCACACCUAAGCUGACAUACUUGGGAAUAGGUGACAAUCUUUGCACGGGGACCAUACCAACAGAGUUUGGCUUGCUUCCUGCACUAACUGGCUUGGAUAUUUCGGAUAACCUUGCUCUUCACGGAACACUUCCGACAGAGCUAGGGCUGCUCUCUUCCCUUGUUGACUUGGAUAUUUCCAACAAUGUGGCUUUGAAUGGAACCCUUCCAGAAGAGUUUAGUGCAUUGGAGAAUCUGAUUCAUUUGGAUAUCUCUGGGACAUCAAUUACUGGCAUGAUCCCCAUGGAGUUGUGCUCCCGAAACAGCAGUGGUACCCUUUUGUUGAUUGCAAACUGCAGUCGGCUUGAAUGUUGCUAG